AUGCCCAAGUCCAACCGAACCAUCGCUUCCCCUAUGCGGGCGGCACUCCUUGAGUGCUUCCAAGCAGCCACUCGUCUUCACACCGAGGACGUGGAUGUUGCGGCCCCUCCCCAAGUCCUAUUGGCUGUCUGGGAGGGUGCUCAGGCCGGCGGCCCUUUCAGUCUCGAAUCCGACGGCAAAAUCGCGUUCGAUGCACCGCAAGGCUUCCGCGUCCGAAUCGAUCUGAUCGAAAUCGGCGGCGGUUGCAUCGACGUGAUUCACGCAGCGACACCUUUUCGCGGAGGGUCGCUUGCGUCCAAGUCGGAUCUUCUGAGACUGAGGGUAAAGACAGUGGUAGAAAGGGGCAGCGAUGGGGAGGUUGAUGACUUUCGGUGGUUGUUGAGAGGUGUUGCGAGAGAGCGUCAAGUCCUGCCUCGACUUGACGAUGAAGAAGUGGAGAACGUGGUUGGUGCUGGUGGUGGCUUGGGAAUCUUGGAUCGCUUGCUUUUGGUUGCUGUCUUGGGCGCCGAGAACGGCGCAGCCGGCCUCCGGCUGCUCAACAUACUUAUCUAA